AAGCACUUUGACAAUCCUGCUCUCUUGGUGCACGUUUGUGACAUUUUUCAGUGCACUUUUGGAGGCAAAUGACGUCCGUCCCUCUUACCUUCAUUACUUCUACGCCAUGCAGGAGUCAUCGCUAACCAAAUUGGCUUAAACGUUGGUACCCUAAUUUGAGUUGUAAAUACGAAUGCAUUCAAAUGUAAAUGUGUUUAUUUUCGAUAUGCCCCUCACUAUUUAAGACACUCAGCAAGGCUCCUAGUUAACAGGAUUGUUUUGUUUUGUGGGUGUAUGACUCAAUGCAAAAUGUGUGUUAGUGCUUGUCAGUGUUUUCUUAACCCCCAUGGGCUCCGGUUACCUGUGUGUACUUUGUCAUGGGUGGAUCUACAGCUCAGGCAAAAACAGGUAUAAGUGUGUGAAGCCUCAUAUGCUUGGAUACACUCUCAGAUUCUCUGCUUGGCAGCACUUUCACGAGAAAGUAUUACAAUGCAACUGGCAUCUUCUUCUUGAAACCUAACAGAAGGCCAUCCUGAGAGAAGAUUGCUCACCAUGGGAACGGGUUUUACCCAGGAUCAGGUGGCAUGUGUGUGUGAGGUUCUGCUUCAGAGUGGUUGUAUCGACCGUUUAUCCUCAUUCCUCCGUUCUGUACCUUCUCUCUCUUCCUGCCCUUCUUCCUCGUACCUGGGCUCACAGCAGAGCAUGGAGAGCAUGUUGAAGGCGCAGGCGGCUGUGGCCUUCCACCAGGGCCGGUUCAGCGAUCUCUACGCUCUAAUCGAGGCCAAUGUGUUCUCCCCAAGCAGUCACACGCUUCUCCAGCAGCUCUGGCUUCGAGCACGUUACCUAGAGGCUGAGCUGCACCGAGGGCGCCCUCUUGGUGCUGUGGGCAAAUACCGCGUACGGCGAAAGUUUCCCCUGCCUCGAACCAUCUGGGAUGGAGAAGAGACCAGCUACUGCUUCAAGGAGAAGUCACGGUGUGUGCUGAGGGAGUGGUACUGCAGGAAGCCCUACCCCUCACCCAGAGAGAAGCGGGAGUUAGCCACAGCGACUGGUCUUACAGCCAUUCAGGUCAGCAACUGGUUCAAGAACCGCCGUCAGCGAGACAGAGCUGCUCAAGGCCGCAAAGGACAAUUGGAGGAUGCUGCGCCAGAGUGCUUAGGCUCUGACAGCACAACUAGAUGUUCACUCCACAGGUCUGACGAUGAUCUUUCACCUCCACCGAGCCCUAGCUCCAGAGAACUGUUGCCCUGCUCUCAGCUUCCUUCAGUUCAUCCUCCACCUCUCAGACACCUGGGAACAGCAAACUACUUUCCCUACUGAGGCGAUUCAAGCCUUCAGUGCAGAAUAAACACGCUUCAAUGAGCUGGAAUAUGAACAUGCACAGAAAGCUACUGCACCCUAGUGACGAGAAAUCAAAAAUUCCCUCCCAGUCUGAUUAGUCCGUGUUGGAGACACUGUACACCUCAUUUCAUGAAGACAUAAAGAAAAUGGCUUCAUUUCAAAAUCAGACCAUGUUUACUUUAUAGUCCAGGAUUGUAAAAUGUUUUUGUUCUCAUGAAGGUGUUGCAGCAAACUGAUAUGUAUUUCAUUUCGUCUGUUCUUUCUACUU